AUGACAAUAAUGAAUGGAACGACGCUCUUUCUCAUAAUAUGCAACGAGUUCUGCGAGAGGUUUUGCUUCUAUGGACUGAAGUCUCUCUUGUUUUCCUUCACAAGGUCGGAGUACGGGUUCACCAUAAAGGAGUCAACCGUAAAUCUCCACUUCUUUAUCUCCAUGAGCUACCUAUUUACUCUUUUUGGAGGGCUUCUAUCAGACAUGUUUCUGGGGAGAUACAGCACCAUUGUGCUGCUAAGCUCACUGUACCUCACGGGAACCUCGCUUCUCACGUAUUGCUCUAUUGUGUCCGGGUCUCCAGGACUGAUGGUGGGAAGCCUGCUCAUGAUAGCUGUUGGAACAGGGGGAAUCAAGCCCUGUGUUGCUGCAUUUGGGGGAGACCAGUUUGGCCCUGAUGACGCACAGGAUCUCAGAAGGUUCUUCGACUUCUUCUACUUCGCAAUAAACAUCGGGAGCAUGGUCUCCAUGGUCUUGACCCCCACCAUGUCGAGCGUUGGCUGUCUUGGAAAGCAGUCUUGCUAUCCGCUGGCAUUUGGAACGUCAAGCACGCUGCUCGGCGCCUCCAUUCUUCUGUUCAUCAUCGGAAAAAGGUUUUAUGUGAUCAAGCCUGUGAGGAAGGAGCAGUUUUCAAGGACAUUCCACUCCUUGGUGCAGAAUCUGAAGGAGUUGUUCCGGAGGCAGUCCAGAGACAGUGAAAGGAAAACCCAGGGCACUUUAAAGACCGUGUCAGAGGCAGCCUGCAUAUCCCAUGAGGAGGACGACAAGGAGAAGACCUUGAAGAUACUGAGGAUUCUGGGGCCUGCAGCAUUCUUCUGGAUGCUCUCCGACCAGCAGUCCUCCUCGUGGGUGGAGCAGGGAACGAAGAUGGAGACACACCAAAGCAUCCUUGGGUAUGGAAUGGAUAUCUUGCCUUCGCAGAUGCAAGCAUUCAACGCAGUGUUCAUCCUGCUCUUCAUUCCACUGUUCUCGAAAAUGAUCUAUCCGCUGAUGGGACUGGCGGGAGUUUUCUCGUCUCCAGAGGAAAAGAUGGGGUUCGGGAUUGCUCUUGCAUCUCUCAGCUUCUUCUGCUCGGGAUACCUGGAGUACAGAAUAGGCCUACCUGCACCUGCAGGGCAAAGGCUGUCGAUAAUGUGGCAACUUCCUCAGUAUGUUCUGAUGACGGCAGGGGAAAUAAUGCUAAACGUGACCGGGAUGGAGUACAUGUAUACAGAGGCGCCAGAGCCAAUGAAGUCGCUAGUCUCGUCGAUGUGGCUGCUGACAGUGACUGCAGGGAAUCUCCUGGUGAUGGUGCUGACGUUCCUGGAUCCUGUGGCAUUGUUUUCCUCGCGUGCCCAUGACAUGUGGAGCUUUGUGGCAUACGGCACUGCAGGACUUCUUGCAUCCAGGUGCAUGUUCCAGGCAUCAAAAGCUGCCAAAAGAAAUAGAAAGUAA